GAAUAAGAUUUUGGAGAUGUGGGCUCGCACCACAAGCAGAGUCCCACCACACCACAGGCCUUCCCACAGCCACCGUCGACCUCUGUUCACCACAUACUUCUAUUUCCCCUUUUCCCUUUGUUCCAAGUUCCAACAAAAAUCCAUUAGGAGCUGCAAAGCUUUGUGGUCAGAAAACGAACAAGAAGAAGAAAAAGAAGGAACAAUGAUUAUGACGAUGAGGAGCAAAAGAUGAAGAAGACUAAGGGCCAGAGCUUGUUAUGCCUCUCUCAUGGCAUGUCAUUCUGCCUUCUUUGCUCCUUCUCCGCCCUCUUCUUCAUUCCUCACCAAUCACAACAAUGACAGUCCUAGUCCCUUCAGGAUUCGUAAAUUGAGAUUCUUCCCACUCGCUUUGUCCUCCAUUAACGCCGACGCCUCCAGAUCUUCGUACAACGGCCUCGUCUCAGAGGCAGUCAGGCUUCUGGGUCCGUCAGCAAGAUUCGAUGCUUCAAAGCUCAAAGUGGUGCUGGUAGGAAGGGAGAAUGACUACUCGAGAAUCAUCCCUAGAACUUACAUUCUGUCUCACUGUGACUUCACUGCAAACUUAACAUUGACGAUUUCCAGUGUCAUCAACUUGGACCAGCUAAGUGGGUGGUAUAGCAAGGAUGAUGUGGUUGUUGAAUGGAAGAAAUUGGAAGGACAGCUGUGCCUGCACAUUCACUGUUAUGUCAGCGGUCCGAAUCUCACAUUCGACCUUGCUGCCGAGCUUAGAUAUCACAUUUUCUCCAAAGAAAUGCCUCUGGUACUCCAAGCUUUGUUAUAUGGCGAUGCAGCACUCUUUCAGGCGAAUCCGGAGCUAAAUGAUGCUUUAGUAUGGGUUUAUUUCCAUUCUAGCUCACCAAAGUACAAUAGAAUGGAAUGUUGGGGACCCCUCAAGGAUGCUGCUCAGGUCAAGACUUAGACUCGCAUUGAUAAACUGAACCGAUUUUGAUUCUGUGUUAUGCCAAAAGGCACAAUCAACUCCUAGAUAGAUAGUUUUGUUACUUCUUAUGUUGACAACUUCAUUUGCUCUUAUCAGGGGAGACAGGGAGUUCAAUACAAAGGCCUUCUAGCCGAAAACAAAGGCGGUCCGAGGAAUCGCUCACGUUCAAGGUCCAUUUUCCAGGCAUUGUUUGCAUUCUUACUCUGAGCAGCUGCUGCUUCACCAAAACUCGAACUGCAGAUAUAUCAUACUAGAGAAAUUGAUCACUCGAUGACUGUUAUCCCAUUGUAUCAGAGUGCAACAAGCCUUGUGACGGAAUAACAAUCUGAUCAUUCUUUUGUAAACCAAGUUCAUUUACUGUGAAGCUAGAGAUGUCGGAAACAAAGGAGAAGCACGUCGAGUAAACUUGUUCAUUUUGUUUAACAAAUGGAUAAUGUCUCGCUGUUGCUUUCUGGUGAUUAAGAGUUACCAACCCAGAUCGAACCCUCCGAGAGCCUUUUCUUGUACAGGCAUGUGGAUGUUCACUGAUGAUGAUCAGUUGCCCUUGGCAUAUGCUUUUGAUGUUGUAGUCUAAGCUGAACGAAGUCUGCUUUCCACUCAUUCAACAAACUAGGAAUAAGGUGGUUUCAGUUUCACUCAAUGAUUGAAUUAUUCAGCAGUUCGAGAAGAACUUGAUACGACUUCAUCGUCUACAUAGGUAGUUGUGAUCUGUGCUUUUAUUUCACUCAUCAAU